GCAUCGCUGUAUAGGUUUGGCGCUUUUUAUUAGGUUCCGGAAGUAUCAAAAUCCAGCGUUUUUUCUGCUUCACCAGCUCUCCAUCUCCUCCGUCCUCUUCUCGCCGUAGGACAAACUUAGAAUUCAGUAUCUUUGAACCACAAAUUUCUACGAGUAUAUUGGAGGCCAAUUGCUUCUUGUUUGUUUACCCGCAGUCUGGGUCCACGGGUUUGAGGACAGCGAUUCAGUUUAAGUGUAGUUAAUAUGUAUUAAUGGGGUUGGCAGAUUUUGUUCGAAACUUGUCAGUAUAUAAAGCUGGAGAAGCAAUUGAAUGGUUCGCUGAAUUCUUGUGUUGUGGCUUUUGAUUCAGUUUCCAACUCUCUCUUUUGGUCAUAUGGCGGCGUUCUUGAAAGCCCAUGUGAACUGCCAGGGCUCUGAAGUGGAAGAAGAAAAUGAAGAGAUUAAAGCAUCAUUCAGUUCGCGAAGCUCUAGAUUGUCGUUUCCUUGCUGGUAUUCGCCUGAAACAGGAGUUUAUCAGAGCAAAUACCCACCUGUCAACCUGCCUUGUGAACCUUUUCUUGAUGUUGUUUCCUUCAUUUUUUCCCAGAAACAUGCUGGGGUUCAUGCACUUAUUGAUUCUUCAUCCGGGUUCUCAGUUUCUUACUCCCAGCUCUUCACAUUGGUGAAAUCCGUGGCUUCUGGCCUCCACCAUAUGGGCGUGAAGCAAGGUGAUGUAAUCUUGUUUCUGCUGCCAAAUUCUGUUUGCUUCCCAAUCGUUUUCUUGGGUGCUUUGAGUGUUGGUGCAAUUGUGACCCCUAUGAAUCCUCUGAGUAGUUUGUCAGAGAUAAAAAGGCAGGUUCUUGAUAGCAAUGCAAGUUUAGUAUUUUCUGUUCUUGAUAGAGUUCAUGAAUUGUUUGGUGCAUUGAGAGGUUGCAGUGUUAUUGGGGUGCCAGAAAUUUUGAGCUUUGAUUCUUUGCCGGAUGAUUAUUCUGUUUUUCAUAAGCUCGUUUCUAGCGAUCCUCGUAUGGCUCCGACGCCUGAAAUUAUGCAACAGGACACUGCUGCGAUUUUGUAUUCAUCUGGUACUACUGGUCGGGCUAAAGGUGUUAUGCUAACACAUGGGAACUUUAUAGCUAUGAUGGAGCUUUUUGUGAGAUUUGAAGCCUCAUUAUAUGAUUAUCCUAGCACAGGGCACGUCUACUUGGCUGUUGUGCCGAUGUUCCAUGUAUAUGGGCUUUCUCUCUUUGUGAUGGGGUUGUUGUCAUUGGGAAUUACUGUUGUUGCAAUGAAAAAGUUUGAUGCUGAUGAAAUGGUAAGAGCUAUCGAUAGAUAUGGUGUAACUCAUCUCCAUGCUGUUCCACCUUUACUGACAGCACUGACCAGGAAAGCCAAGAGAGCUGAUGGUAAUAGUUUUAGGAGCUUGAAACAGGUUUCUUGUGGAGCAGCUCCAUUGAGUGAGAAAUCCAUAAACGAAUUUAUUGAGGCACUUCCUCAUGUUGAUUUCAUCCAGGGUUAUGGCAUGACGGAAUCAACUGCUGUAGGAACACGUGGAUACAAUACCGCUAAGGUUCAAAAAUAUACUUCAGUAGGGCUUCUGUCUCCAAAUGUACAAGCUAAAGUGGUAGACUGGGUCACGGGUUCUCAUUUACCUCCAGGAUCUGUUGGUGAGCUUUGGUUGCGGACACCUGGAACCAUGAAAGGAUACUUGAAUAAUAUAGAGGCUACUACAGCUGCAAUUGACAAAGAUGGUUGGCUGCACACUGGAGACAUUGUUUAUUUUGACCAAGAAGGAUACUUAUAUAUAAUUGACCGAUUGAAGGAGAUGAUCAAGUACAAGGGCUUCCAGAUAGCUCCUGCUGAUUUAGAGGCAGUAUUGAUAUCCCACCCAGAGGUACUUGAUGCAGCAGUAACAGGGGCGAAGGAUGAAGAAGCCGGGGAGAUUCCUGUGGCUUUUGUAGUCCUGAAAGAUGGGAGUUCAGUCUCCGGAGCAGCUCUACUGGACUAUGUAGCGAAGCAGGUUGCACCUUAUAAGAAGGUGAGAAAGGUAUAUUUUCGCACGUCAAUCCCAAGAUCAGCAGCUGGAAAAAUACUUCGCCGGGAGCUGAGGAGCUUAUUAGUUUCGAGGCUUUAGGUCUGUCAUAAGCAAAGUCAGUGGCAAUGCAUGACUCUCCAGCAGCUGAUGAAGUUGUGGAAGUACUUAUAGACUCAUCGUCAGAAGCUACACCUUUCUGCAAACCACAACUGACUCUUUAAGCUAUAUGCUGAACACAGAGGAUUCACGCCAUGAGCUACCAAACACACAACAUCCACAGCAAUGAGGAUGUGGGUUGGGAUUUUCUCUUAUUUAUUUGUGUUUAUAUGUUUAUCUCUUCUCUACCUAUACAUAAAAGUGCAGAUCCUGUUAGUGUUUA